AUGUCUUUUAAUACUCAACCAACAGAGAAUGAAAGAUUAGAACAAAUAUCAAAAUCAAAAUGUCAAUAUUGGAUUAUAAAUAAACGUAAAAAUAGAUCAUUCUUUUGUAAAUUACAAUUGUCAAAUGAUAAAGAUAAAGAUGAUAAAGAUCAAUCAAUCUAUUGUAAACAUCAUCAAAAAGAAUUAUCAAAUAACAAUAAUGAUCAAAAAGAAAAGAAAAAGAAGAAAGAGAUAAUAAUCAAUCAACAACAACAACAAUAUUAUAAAGAAAAUAUAAAUGGAAAUUUACCAAUAUUUAAUACAAUACCAUUAUCAAACAUUUCAACAAUUGAAUUGAAUGAAAUUUCUAUUAAAUUGGAUAAUAUAUUUAAUCAAUUAUUUCCAAAUGGUAUUGAAACCUAUAUUCAUCAACACUCUUCAUUUAAUCAAAUUUCAAAAAUUGAAUCAAUAUCAAAAUUAAAACAUUUAAAACAAGAAUCUUGUAUUUUAUCAAUUAUUGAAAGAGAAGGAUUAUUAAAAAAGGAUUCAAUUUUUUUGGAAUUUGGUGCUGGUAGUGGUAAAUUGGGAUAUCAUGUAUUUAGUGCGUUGGAAAAGGAAUCUGGUCAUAUCAUGAUUGAUCGUCAAAAGUUUAAAUCAUUAAAAUCAAAAGAUUUGGCAAUCAAGAAUGAAAAAUCUUGUACAUACUUUGAAAGAUGUUUGAUUGAUAUUAGACAUUUUGAUUUAAAAUCAAUUCCCAUUUUAUCAAACAAUACGCAAAAUUAUACUAUUAUUAGUAAACAUUUAUGCGGAUGUGCAACAGAUUUUACUUUAAAAUGUAUCUAUAAUACAAAAAAGGAAAGAGAUUUGGAUGGAUUCAAAGGUAUUGCAAUUGCUACUUGUUGUCAUCAUCUUUGUACUUGGGAUUCUUAUAUCAAUCAAUCAUUUAUUAAAGAUGUUAUUGGUUUAUCGGAACAAGAAUUUAAUACUUUGGUAUCAAUUACUAGUUGGGCUACUUUAAAUAAGAAGAAGAAGAAGGAGGAGGAGGAGGAGGAGGAAGAGGAAGAGAAAAUGAAAGAAAAUAUGGAAAAUGUGGUGACCACCACCAAGAUUGAUGGAGUAAAUUAUGAUUUGGUCUUUUCAAAAGAGAGAAAAGAGGAAUUGGGUUACAAGGCAAAAAGAAUAUUGGAUCAUGGUAGAUUAUUGUUUAUUAGAAAUAGUUUGGGUUUGGUAAAUAGUCGAGUGCAGAUUUAUACUGAUCUUUCAAAGGAAAAUUUGGUUAUUAGUGGUCAUUAA